AGAGGCUUAAAUUAAGCACAAGCAAAAACAGAAGAUAAACCUUAUAAAUUGUCACUUUUCGUCUUCCCAUACUUUCCCUAAAAAAGCCUUCAAGCGGCGGUCAGCAGCAGAAGAAGAAACAUCAAACACACUAUGCUCACCAGCUAAUUAAUCUGAUAUCAACAGAGGCAUUACUUUAGUUUCUGUCUUCAUUCUCUCCUUCUGCUUUGUCCAUUUAUAACCAUUAGUGAUGAAGCAACGGUCAACGAACAAGCAACAGCUCUUGUGGGCAAGAAUGGUUAUGCGCAAAUGGCUUAACAUGGGUAGCAAAGAGUCUGAUUACAGUGCUGACCCUGAUGAUGAUGAUGACCCUGAAAGUGAUUCAGACAAUGAAGAAGGGGGAAGACAGUCGCGGUUUAGGGACAACAAAGGCGAUGAUGAAGCUCCAUCUGAAUCUAAUGAAUUUCUUCCAAGGUUAAGGAGGCAAAAGUCAUUAACUUCUAGGUCUCAGUAUAUAAACAAGAAGGAACUGAGAGUAUGUGUUGGGACAUGGAAUGUUGGAGGAAAACUUCCACAUGAUGAGCUAGAUAUUGAUGAUUGGAUAGGCAUUAAUGAACCAGCUGAUAUCUAUGUCCUUGGUCUUCAAGAGAUUGUACCCUUAAACCCUGGUAACAUUCUUGGUGCUGAAGACACUCGCCCUGUACCAAAAUGGGAAAAUAUUAUUCGGGAAACACUGAAUAGAGUUCAACCAAAAUCAUCAAAGGUGAAAUCCUUCAGUGAUCCUGCAUCUCCAUCAAAAUUUAAGCCAUCAGGUGACGUCCCGGACAUAGAAGAAGAAAUGUUACUUGAAAGUGAUAGUGACAUUGGUGAGGAAGUUCAUCCUUUGGUUGAAGAACAACACAAUGUUUAUGAUGGUGGCACUGAUAAACCAAUCACAGAUGAGGUCUUGAAUACAAAUUUACAGGCUUCAGAUGACCCUGAUUUACUGAGACAGUUUUCUUAUCCAAAGAGGUUGAAUAGGCUAAACUGUUUCCGUGAUGAAUAUUUGACCAAAGAUGUAGAAACAUCAUUUGGUCAACAGAGCAAUAAGCUAUCUAGAAUGAUUAGUGGUUCUGAAAGGAUGGGUUUGAAUUGGCCAGAGCCACAACUACAUCUGUUAUCUCAGCCAGUAUUGGAGAGACCAACUUCUUUUAAAUCUAUCAAAUCCUUUAAAGCAUCAAAGUCUUUCAAAACAUAUAGUUCUUUCAAGCCAUCUAUAGAUGAAAUAGGUUUGCUUGCUGAAAUUGACCUUGAAGCUUUAAUGAAGCGGAAAAGAAGAUCAUCAUAUGUAAGGAUAGUGAGCAAACAAAUGGUUGGGGUUUUCAUCACUAUAUGGGUACGUAGGAGCUUGCGUAAACAUAUUCAGAAUGUGAAGGUUUCAACUGUUGGUGUUGGUGUUAUGGGCUAUAUUGGUAACAAGGGAUCAAUAUCUAUCAGCAUGUCUGUAUAUCAGACCCUUUUUUGUUUUAUAUGCACCCACCUUACAGCAGGUGAAAAGGAAGGAGAUGAACAUAAAAGAAAUGCUGACGUGCGUGAAAUACAUCAAAGAACCCAUUUUCAUUCAAUUUCUGAUAUUGGACUUCCCAGGAGCAUCCUUGAUCAUGAAAGAAUAAUUUGGUUGGGUGAUCUGAAUUACCGUAUCAACUUGUCAUAUGAGAAAACAAGAGAUCUUAUAUCAAAAAAGCAGUGGUUCAAAUUGGUUAAGGAAGACCAGCUUAUGAAAGAACUCCAGAAGGGUGUAUUUGAUGGAUGGUCAGAAGGCAUGUUAAACUUCCCACCAACUUAUAAGUACGAGACUAAUUCAGAGAAGUACUAUGGAGAGGACCCAAAGGUUGGAAGGCGUACACCAGCAUGGUGUGAUCGUAUUCUUUCAUAUGGCAAGGGAAUGAGAUUGCUGAGUUACAGAAGGACUGAGCUAAAAUUUUCAGACCAUAGACCUGUGACUGCCACAUAUAUGGCUGAGGUUGAGGUGUUCUCUCCAAGGAAGCUACAACGAGCCCUGACAUUCACUGAUGCAGAGAUUGAGAAUGAAGAAGUCAUAACAAAUUUAGUUAGCUGGAAUUUAGUCGCAUAAUCUGGACAGGGUUACAGUAUGAGUUCUGAAUGAAGUAUAGUAUUUACAGAAUUUGAAGGAGGAGCAAAGACAGCUAUUGCAACUUCUCAUUCACACUGCCACUACUAUACAUUAGAUUUCUUCAUUUGAUUUGAUUUUUUUUUUUUUUUUUGUAAAUUUUUGAGGUCAAUGCUUUUAGAGAAAAUAGUUGUAUGAUUUGUGUAUAAGGUAUCUUACGAAUAUGAUUUAAAGCUAGUUGAUAGAUUGGCUUAUGCUGUAUAUUUUUUUACUGCUAUGGUGUGAUAUGCAUUGUAUGUAAGACCUUUCAUGGAAGCUUUCUAUAUGAUUAUAAAAAUAAAUAGAAAGCAAAUGUGUCUGAGAUGGUUGGUUCCCCAUGUUCAAAAUGCUGUCUCCAGCUUUGACAUACUCCAUGCAUUUUCAAUUUCAAGGCAGCACC